AUGGUUCAACGAAACCCACUAAUCAAUCGAGUAUGGCACGGGAUCAUUGGCGAUUUCUUCUCCCCUAAGUGGCGCAGAGACGCAUCUUCUGCAGGAGAUGUCGAGUCCUUGGCUGUGGAAACCGAUGUCAAGUGCACCGUAUGGUCAAACUCUCCAACUGCAUCUGAAAAAGCCUCUUCCUGCGUCCCUGGAAUGACGUCUUCGACUACCUCGACAUCCUUCGAAGUAACGGGGGACGAGAGUUCGUCCAAAAAACCGCCCACCACAGAAGCUACAUGCCAUGGCGUUAACCAUACCACUUCGCCCAACGCUCCACAAGCUUUCCUCGUUCAAGACACCUGGUUAAGGCCUUACAUUGGUCCGGGAAAGAGGAAACCCGGCGAAGCUGAGCUCAUUGAAGGAAUCAGAAAAGAGUUGUCUUUGAGAUGCAGAAGCACAUCGGGCAGCUCUUUCAGCAUCGAGAUUUAUGAGGCAGGACUCCGGCCCGAACUACUGGCUUUGUCGGUCCUUGUCUGGUGUGAAGGAGACGUUAACAGAAAGAAAGCACAGAAAUAUUUCCGAGAGGACCCCCGGGUUAAAAAGGAGCUUGCUUCGCACGGUCUCAAAUACUAUGUUCUGGAAAAGGCUCCAGCUUUGUCGGCUAUGCCGCCUGCCAUUCGCCGCCAGCUGCUGUGCCAGGUCGAGGGCAUCUUCAUAUCGAUCACAGAGAAGAUCGAAACAACGUGCGGCCUUGAUCUCGAAUUGCCUGAUGGAAAGAGAUGUAAAGUCGGAGGUCUGAUAACUGUCGAUGGCUACCCAUACCUUCAAGUCACUCGACACGGCUUUGAUGCAAAUCUGAGUCCUAUAGACUCCACCAAGAAUCUUGCAGCAAAGAAUAAAACCAUCAUCGACGAUGGUCCAGACGACAACCGGUCUGUGUAUGAGAAGGCUAUAAGUACGCUUCUAAGGGUGUUGUCAACCAGCUUACCGAGCCUCGAGACACCUACGAAUCGACAAGUGAAUACCACUUCACCCAACCUGAAAAUUCAUGGCUUAAAGGUCUUAUGUCCCACGAAGCCGGUCAUCGACGAGCAUGUCUCAGGAGAGGUAAAUGAUCGGGCUGACUUCGACAUUGCUCUCCUGGAUCUGGCGGAGCUACCUGCAGGGAUACUCCAAUUGUUGCUUAAACCUAAUCUGCUUGGCAAAGAGGCCAUUCACGGGGUGCUACGAGAAGAUUUCCACAACUGUGGGGCUGUUCCCGUCCGGUUGACUGGGAGUCAGCCUCUCUCAGGUCUACUUACGAAUGCUCGUUCAUGCUUGCAAGUGGGAACAUCCGUCUUUGACGUCAAAUUGAUUACACUGGAAAAGAAAAUCCGCUGGUCAGGAACGUGGGUCGUGGCUAACGGCAAAUUAUGUGGGUUCGUCGUCGCUGCGAGGACCGACUUGCCAUGGGUCUAUAUGAUUCCCAUGCACGCUGCACUAGAAAAUCUUAAAACUGGUCUCAGCACGGAUGCGGUAUAUGUGCCAGAUGCGUCAGAAGUGCUGCAACUGAGGAAGGAAUUCAUCGGUAAACGAACUGAAGCCUUGACCCAGGAAGGUGGAAAUACACCAGUCGGUUUCUCGAAAACACAUUCGGACCUCGUCCGCAACGCAUCACGCCUCCUAUCACAACAUGUCAAGUUUCGUCCUCCUCCUAGAUAUGACAUUAGUCGGAUGUAUCGUAAGGCUUAUAAUCGGCUUGUGGCUGAUGAUCGACUUCUAAGUCGGAGGGGACUAUCAAGAGAGAGAAGCAGAGUAUGGAAGGCCAUUGGCUAA